AUGUAAUUCUUAGACAUCACAAAUUUAGAAAAGAACCUUUAAAAUUAAAAAGGCAAGAAUGUUAUUUAGGUUCCUAAGAGUCCAAAGAAAAAGAGUUAGUUAAAUUACUUGGAUAUGAGUGAUUUCAAGUUUGAUUGGAUUUGUUUAGAUGAAGAAGAAUUUGAAAUUAUGAACUAAGAAAAUCCUAAAAGUUAUAGCUUUACAAUAUAAGAUUAAUUUAUAUGGUUUUAAAAUUAACAUACACACUUUUCUUAUCCAUUAAAGGUUGAACAUAAAAAUGUAAAAUUUUACUUAAAAUUUAAUAGUUUACUGAAUCUUUAAAGAGACAUAAAAUAGAUGAAUAUAAAAGACAUAGCUUAUUAUGUUGGAUGGGUUAUGUAAUGGGAGGUUAUGAGAGUGCUUCAAAUGAAACAUAUUUUUUGGCAAUCUCAAUUUUGGAUAAAUUCCUUUAAUAGUAUCCUUAUGUUCUAACCAAUUAAGAACUAUUAGCUAUUGGUGUUUGCUGUUUGGGUCUUGCCUCAAAACAUAAAGAUGUUUUUCCUUUAACUUCACAAUAAUUAAUUUAAUUAAGUAGUGAUAAAAUGGAUGAAAUUAUAUUGACAAAAUGUUAAUUUACAAUUUUAGACACACUUCAAUUUUAAGUUGAAAUCCCUAAUUACUUUUAGAUAUUUGAUUAUAUAAUGAGAGAUUUAGAAUACAGAUAUUAUAAAUAUAUAUCAUCAGACAUAGUAUAGAACUCAUUAGUUAGUAUGAAAUUAAAGGUGAUCUAUAAGUGUAGUUUACAUUUAUUAAGAUUUGUUUCUUAAUAUUAUGAUUCUACAAUAUUUUAUUAAGGUGCUAUAUCCUAUGGUUCUAUAUUUUAUACAAUAAAACGUAUGGAAUUAUUGAAAUUUGUUAUUCCUACAGAUUUGAUUAAAGUACUUUAAUAAAUACAAACAGAUUAAGAGAUUAAUAAUACAGAAAUUGUAUUAAAAUACAUAUAUAGAUUAUGUUAAAAUGGAAUGUCUGAAAAACAAUAAGAAUUUUUUAGAUAAACCCUUUUUCAGUAUUGA